AUGGCAAAAUACACCAAUGAAGAACGCUAUCGUCUUUUACAAAAAUUUAACGAUAUGGACAUCAACUGUGAUGGUUCUCUUUCAAAGGAAGAAAUCAGGCAAUGCUGUGAGGAAUCUAAUCUUCCUCCAUCCAAAGUUGAGGAAUUUAUCAAUCUUUUCGACAAUAACGGGGAUAGUCGCGUUACGCUUGACGAAUACGAGCGUGCCUUAGGUUUGAAGGAGGUACCACCGACCACGAUUGAAGAGUGGAAAGCUGCCUUUGAAGAGAUGGACGUAGACAAAUCCGGAAAAUUGACAGUUGAUGAGUUGUAUGAAGGCUUGCGCAGGAUAGGAUGCAAAAUGCCAAAACAGGAAGUUGUACAAAUCGUCCACUCCGCUGAUAAAGACGGUGAUCAAAGUCUAACCUACAAAGAAUUUAUUAGCCUGAUGAGACUAUGA